AUGAUCGCCUACAAGAACAUUUUCCGUGCUACUACUUCCCUCGCCUACAAGGCAGUAACCGCUACUAUCAAGACCGUCUUUGAUUCGGCCGCCUCUGUCGCCGACGUCUACGAGGAGUUUACCCAAGUGACCGUGGACGAAGUCGUGUCUUGCAUUCUUCCAGGCUCCUACGACCUUGACCUUGAAGAAUGCCCCUACCCAGCUUUCCCAAGAAGGCUGCCCUCUUCCCCAGCUUCUCCAGAAGCUCCAGCCACUUCCAGCGAAUGGCAAACCAUUGAGGCUCGAAAGAGCCCCAGGAGAGAUUCCCCCUCUCCACCCGCUACUCCGGCUCCCGAGCCAGCUAGCAUUCUGAAGUUCAGACAUGUAAAGCAGCGGACCCACGGGCGGUACAGAGAGCCUGUCCACGACAUGGACAAGCGGCUCACGCAGGGGAACAUCUACCUUGUUCUCCAGGAAUGCUGA